GCCAAAGCGAUACAAAUAACGAAAAUAAUCCCACAAGAAUGGCAACGGCAGGCUACAUCUCUCAAGUUAGUAAAGGACUUGCUCGAUUCAAGUGGAAGAGAGUGGAGAGAGGAUCUCCUCACAGUCUUGUUCCCAGAGGAAGUUGUAAAUCAUAUUAAAAGCAUCAGACCAGGGGGCAGCAAAACUAUAGAUAAGUUUGCAUGGGACUUCACAAAAAAUGGUCAAUACACGGUAAAAUCGGGCCACUGGGUACUUUCAGAUAUCAUCAAAAGGAGGAACAUACCCCAUGAAGUGAUCCAACCAAGCAUAAACCCGAUCUUCCAACGGGUGUGGCACACUGAUACAUCUCCUAAGGUACAACAUUUCCUCUGGCGGUGCUUAAGUAAUAGUCUCUCUGUGGCUGGAAAUAUGUUUUAUAGACAUCUGGCUAGGGAUGGAACAUGUAUGCGAUGCUCAUCAGGAUUGGAGUCAGUUAAUCACUUACUAUUUCAGUGCCACUAUGCUCGACUUGUAUGGGCAUUAUCUCCAAUCCCAGCUCCACCAGAAAGUGAAUGGUCAGAUUCCAUCUACUAUAAUAUGCAUAGAGUCCUCAAUAUUCAUGAAUUCCACCCUCAGCUUGAGAAGGAUAGGAAUAUAGUUCCCUGGAUUUUAUGGAGAUUAUGGAAAAGUAGAAAUGAUUCUAUCUUCAAAGGCAAGGAUUAUGAUGCGCAAAGUGUUCUAAGAAGAGCCAGCGAAGAUGAGGAGGAAUGGAAAUGGGGUAAAGAAAAACAAAACCAAACAUCUCAAGUGGUUAGAGCAGAAACUCAAGAGACCAAAUGGAAGCCACCACCACAGAAUUGGGUUAAGUGUAAUACUGAUGGAGCUUGGAAUAUAGAGAGACCUACCUGUGGUAUUGGUUGGAUCCUUAGGAAUCAUGAUAAGGAGGUGCUGUGGUUAGGUGUACGGGCUUUACCUAGGGUCAAUACGGUGCUAGAAGCGGAAUCAGAAGCACUUCGUUGGACGGUGAUAUCAAUGAUGAGAUUAAACUACCGAAAUGUAUUAUUUGAAUCUGAUUCACAACAGCUUGUGUCUUUAGUUAAAGGAGAAUCUGAGAUGCAACAGGUAGAUCCCAUUAUACAAGACAUCAAGCAGAUGCUUCAGCACUUUCAGGGAGUAAAGCUUACCUUCAUCAAACGGGAGAGUAAUGGAGUGGCAGAUAGAAUUGCAAAGGAGUCUUUUUCUCUAGGGAAUAAUGAUCCUAUAUUGUAUUCUAUUACGCCAAGUUGGUUAAAGUCUCAGGUGGAGAUAGAUAAUGUGUAAACAAUUUAUGGUUAAUG